UAAAUUGAAACGAACGGGUAUUGUUGUGCACCUCCUCAGCAGGCGACGAAGACGCGACGGUUUGUGUUGAAUUAAUUUUUUGUGUAUUAAAGCCGCCAGACGAUCGAUCGGCAGGUUGUUGUGAAAGAAGAUAAUGUUUUAAAAAAAGCUUUAAAAGAAAAGAGUGUUGAGUGAAAAAAAAAAAGAAAACAAAAAUGAAAAUAUUAUGCUCAACUCUAGUGGGGGCCUUAUUUUGUCAUCUAGCGGCCAUGGCAUGGACCCUUCCCAAAGACAUGCAUUUGCAGGACCAUUUAAGGCCCGUGGUAAGGGAUGAGGCAAGUGCCGUAGAGGAUGACAGCAUAGAGCUCCCCCGCACAACGACCCUCAGAAGCACCAGUGUGACCAGUCCCACUCUAACAAAUUAUCUCUACUGCGAACAGGAGCAAUACAUCCAUGAGUUCAUCAAUGAGUCGAAUCAAUCGCAAAUGCUAUGGGUCACCUGGAAUCGUACUAAGGCUGGCGAAAAUGCCGUCUUGCCCAAUAUGUGUUCUGUGGCCAAUGGCUUGCCUUUGCGUAGACGUUGCUAUGUGGUUGCUUCGCUGAAGCGAGCGCAAUGGGAACCUCACGAAAACAAUACCGUUAUGAUUCAAUGUCACCGCAGUAUGUUUUGUGAAGAGGAGCAAUUUGAACAUUUCUAUAUUGAGGGAGAGGAUCAUUUGCAGCCUCAUGUCAAUGUAUGGAAGCGUACGAGAAUCAAUCAAAAGGCCACACUGAAAGAUCUUUGCCUUAAGCCCAAUGGAUUGCCCUUGACCCGCAAAUGUCUAUAUAAUGCCCAAAGUCGCAAAGCACAAUGGGCUGAAAUAAAGAAUUUCCAACAUUUUCGUUGCCUCAGAACCACAGAGCAGCCCAUCAUCAGCAAUGACUUAAAUACUCUGCUCAGUAAUGUUAGCGGCCUUUCUACAAGUCGCGCAACUGAUGCUAAGAGUCGACGCGAAUCUUCAAGACAACUUAUAAAUCUGCUUGAAAACCCGCACCAAAGAAGACUUCCUGUCGAUAUUCAUCUAACCAAUGAAAUUCUCAAGGGACUAAUCACCGAUUUCCCAGACCCCGAACUGUCAGCAGAUGUUCUGCACAUCACCCACAAUGUUAUGGCCAGUGAGCCCAAUGUUCUUUUCAUGUCGGCCGAAUUGAAUGCCACAAAUUCUCUAUUGGAUACCUUUGAGUCAUACAUGGACAAUAUAGGCGAUAAAUUUGUUAGCCAAGGCCAUUGUGGGAAUAUGACUUUGUAUACACCUCCCCCCUCUGAUAAGAACUUAUCAACGGCCGCGCCAAUUGUGGAAGUGAUCAAUACACACCUUCCUAUCGGUGUUUAUGCUCACGUCAGCGGUAAUAUAAGCGUUUUCUUUGUCAACCCUCAAUGUGCGGGCAUAUCGGGGAUUGCCAUAUAUCCCUCAAAGCUUUUCGCCAAACAACGAAAUUUACAAGGGGUCAACUAUGAUUCAUUCAAUGAUUUUCACUAUCGUUUUAUUGCCUUAAAUGAAUCGGCUCAGGAGUUGUUACAUGACUCGGAUUUACAAGUUGCCGCCUUUGUCCCCCUCACUAUGUGGGAACAUUUACUUGAACAUUUCUCCAUGAUGCAUCGCAGCCCUGUGCUUGUGUUUAAGGUUUAUGCCCAUGAUGGACUUUUUGUGGAAGCCACUACAAUGCGAUUAAGAAAGCCGGAUAGUAAAGUCUUAUCAAUUUCAAUACCUGGUUAUGAAGACAAUAAUGAACGUUGCCAACAGCAACAACAACAACACUCAAAGUCCCACCAACAGCAGUAGCAACCUUAGUCAACCAUAUGUCAAGUGAUCGACAACAAUUUUAAAAGUUUACAGAGCGC